AGGCGGUUGCCAGGUAACGGGACGCGGCUUCCUGCACAGCCGCAGCCGGUGCCCUGCCCCCGCCCGGGACCCCGCCAUGGACGCCGAGUCGCUGCCCUACGCGCUGGAUCUGGUGGCCGGGAGCGGCGAGGGGCUGAGCUCGGAAAAGCGGGCGGCGCUGCGGGCCUCGCUGCUGCUGCUGCGCCGGGACUAUCGCUUCGAGCGGGUCCGGUUCUGGGGCCGCAUCCAGGGCAUCCGCGGGCCCUAUUACAUCGCCGAGGGGCUGGGGGGAGACCGCGCCGGGCCCAGGAGCCGCCUGUACAGCUUGAACUGUGUGGAGUGGAGUCUUCUGCCACCAGCUACUGAGGAAAUGAUCACACAGACUGCAGGGCUAAAGGGCCGUUUUCAGGGGGAUCCAUCUUAUGAGUAUGAUCCCACUGAGAAGAAGGGGGAAGAGAAUGAGAGAAUAUAUGAGGAGGAAGGUGGGCCCAUGAUCAAGGAGGAAAUCCGUCUUGUAGCUAUAAUAGAUCAGAUAGAUAAGGCCGUGGGUAUCGUCCCACGGGGUGCAUUUGUGAAGACUCCGCUCGGCCCUGUCCAUGAAAACAGGAAUUUUGAAGGUCUGUCUCUGACUGAGGCAAAAAAGUUAAAUUCCUAUUUCCACUUCACUGAGCCUUUUAACCUGAAGAACAGAACACUCCUGCAAAAGGCUGACCUGGACCCAUCCAUUGAUUUCCUGGACUCUCUGGAGCAUGAUAUCCCAAAAGCCCCCCUGCUGUUCCAGUCUUGGGCUCUCCUUCUCCACUCAGCUCUGGCAAUGCACCUCAGUCCUGACCCACAGCAGCUAUGGCCAUUCCUAUCCUGGACUCCUUCCACACUGCUCAGCCAACCCUUUCAACCUGAAGCAUCCCUGCCUUCCCAGGACAGGGCCUCUCUUGAGCAGAGAUUGUCAAAGCUCAGAGGAUCCUGGAGCAUCCAGCUGGAGAGGGGAGGCAGCCUGGUGGUUCUGAGGAGCUUGCUGUGGCCAGGACUGACAUUCUACCACGUCCCCAUAACUAAACAAUAUGGCUAUAUCUACCUUGGUACAGGUGAGAAGAACAUAGACCUGCCCUUCAUGCUGUGAAGUGCCCACCCAAGCUGAGGAUUCAAGGGAAGAGGUGUCACAUUUAGAUUUUAUACUUGGGGAUUUGUAGUUAUUGUUUGUUCUAAUAAACCCGUGUGAAACCUUUGCACCUGUCAGCAGUUUUCUGUGCCCCAGAAAGAGUCCUGAGGAUUUCCCUAAUGCCUCACUGUGUGUAUUCUUAAAUCUAGGCCCCCCGU